AUGUCAACCCCCCAAUCCCUCCACCACUCCCUCCUGCGCCCAGUCGUCCUCCACAUCCUGCGCGCAGCAGGCUACCACUCGACCCGCCCCUCAGUCCUCGAUACUCUCACAGACCUUGCGGCGCGAUACUUUAUUCUGCUGGCGCAAACCACUGUCGGACACGCCGCGGUGAAUCAAGACGAGCCUGAACUCGCUUUGGAGAUCUCAAUCCAGGAUGUGCGAAUGGCAAUGCAGGACUGCGGUGCUCUCGGUCCGGAGAAAUGCUUGGAAGACCAGCUGUGGGAGGGCAUUGAGGAUACGAGAGGUGUGGAUGCUUUUAUUCAGUGGGCAAAGGGACCGCGCAAUCAUGAUAUUAAGAGGGUUGCACUUGAGGGAGCCGAAGGGGCGAGAGAGGAUUACCUGAUGGGUUUGUUGCGCCGUACGAAAUAUCUCACUUUACUGAUUGAGUGCAGCGUUGAAGAAAAAGCAUUCUGCGGCAGACGAGGACUCUAG